GCAACCGAACCGAAUCGAACUAUAUUUUGUCGGUUCGGUUCGCUCUGGUGCCAGUCUGCUCGAUAGCUUCGUGUCUGUUCACUCAGCCAGCACGGCUUGACCGGGGGGUCAGUGGCCAUCGUCGUCCGCGCAAGUCGUAGCGAGGAAUCGCCGGUGUGUGAGGCUGAGAGGCGCGGGAGGCUGCAGAGGCAGAGAGAGAGGGUUGAACGAUCUAUGGAUCUCCUUUGCAGCGCUUACUCAAACUCCGACGAUGACCAAGCCGAACAAGAACCCGAACCCAAGAGGCCCAGAGCCGGAAAUCCGACUCCACUGGCCUAUCAACCUCCUAAACCUCAGCCCAGGAAUGAUCUCGGUCGUCAAGGAGAAGCCCCGGUUCCUGGCAGGUAUGUUUCAAAGAGGGAGCGCGCUCUCAUGGGUUCUGCAACCCCUUCUGUUCCCAACCCUAGCUCGGAAUGUGAACCCUCCGGCUCUACUUCCGUUACGGGAAGUUUAUUGGAGUCAGAUCUGCACUCUAAUAUUUUGGCCUUGUUGAGACAUAAAAUGAAAGGGCGUCCCGAACCAGGCCAACUGCCAGAAAAGCUGUCUAUAUCUCUAAAUGGCCAUAAAAAGGCUGUUAAUGCUUUGCAUUGGUCCAUAAGUCACGCUCAUCUUCUUGCUUCUGCCGGGAUGGAUCAGACUGUUCACAUAUGGAAUGUCUGGAACAAGAACCAGAGAAAAGCACGUGUCUUAAAUUAUCACAAGGGCGCUGUUAAAGACAUAAAGUGGUCAAAGAUGGGUUGGCUCGUGCUUUCAUGUGGAUAUGAUCUCACAUCAAGAUUAACUGAUGUCGAGAAGGGCUCAGAGAUUCGUGCUUUCGAGGAGGAUCAAGUUGUUAAUGUUGUGAAAUUUCAUCCUAAAAACCCGAACCUCUUCCUUUCUGGUGGUGAAAAGGGUCGCCUCAGACUAUGGGAUAUUAGGGCUGGUCAAGUGGUACAUGAGUACAUCCAGCGGCUCGGUUCGAUUCUCGAUGUGGAGUUCUCUGAUGAUGGCAGGGAGUUUGUUUCCUCGAGUGAUGUGUCCCGCAGCAAUAUAAGUGAGAAUUCCAUCGUAGUGUGGGAUCUGGUGCGUGAGGUACCCCUCUCUAAUCAGGUUUAUGGGGAGGCCUACACCUGUACCUGUAUAAGGCGCCACCCUUUUGAGCCAUGUUUCGUGGCUCAAUCAAAUGGGAACUAUAUUGCCAUUUUUUCUUGGAGUCCUCCAUUUAGGCUUGACAAGUUCAAGAGGUAUGAGGGUCACGGAGUCUCUGGGUUCCCCAUCAAGUGCAACUUCAGCUCAGAUGGGGAUACUCUUGCAACUGGUUCUGCAGAAGGUUCCAUAUACUUGUAUAAUUACAGAUCAACCAGUCUAGUUAGGAAGAUUGAGGCUUACUCGUCUGCGUGCAUAGAUGUUGCAUUCCACCCUACUAUCUCAAAUGUAGUCGCUUCCUGCAGUUGGAACGGAGAUAUUUCGGUGUUAGAGUGACUUCUUUUGGUCUUUCAAUGGCUUAAUCUGUCAGCUUGGGUUCUUAAGAAUCCGAAGAUUCGAUCAGACACUUGAUCCGAUGUGGCUCAAAUCUUCGGGGCAUGAAAUAUUCUAUUUUGCAAUGGCAUCGUUCCAGACAGACACAUAGUGGCACAGAUUCACCUUGGCACAUGUUGAUGGGUGAUUUGGCUGCACAUUCGAUUGACGAGCAUAUGAUAAUCACUUUCCCUCCGGCUUGCAGAAGACAGUUCAAUCCAUGAGCUCUUUUUAUUCUUUGUUUAGGAUUGCGACUUUUUUUUGGGAAAUUAUGGCUAAGAUUAUGUGGCGUAUCAUAUGCUUUAUUUUUGUAGAUUAUGUCACUUCUGUUUUCCCGAAAUGUUCAUAUUUAAGAAAUAUCCACCCAUGUAAAUCCUUGUACCUUGAAUUAUCCCUGAGAUUUAAUUGGAGUUCCUGUCAAUUGUUCAA